GCAGAAAACAGUGUGGACAACUCGAACUGCACUUCAAGUGGACUAUUGGGGAUGGAGUGGCAUGUGUGGCAGUUGGCAGACUCCAUGUACCCUACGGGCGGGUUCGCGCAUUCACAGGGCCUCGAGGCGGCCGUUCAAGCCAAGGUCGUCACAAACAGAGCCACUCUUCACUCAUUUCUUGUGACAUCUUUGCAUCAAACGGCCAACUUGUUGCUGCCUCUCGUGUUUUCAGCCCACUCUUCUGCAUCGUCCGUCGAUUCCUUUCUCCACCUCGACAGUCUUGCACAUGCCAUGCUCACCAACCACGUUGCUGCACGUGCGUCAAUUGCUCAGGGCUGUGCGAUGCUCCGUGUUGCAUGCACGUCUGCUCCGCCUUCAUCCGUUCUCCACCGCAUCAAGCGCGAGAAAGUCCAUGGCCAUCACGUCGUCGUACUGGGCGUUGUGUGCGCAUCUCUCGAUAUCGACGCAACAACGACUCAGCGCCUGCUCUUGUUCGUGACUCUGCGGGACCUCCUAAGCGCCGCCACUCGGCUUAACGUGAUCGGCCCUCUCGAGUCUGCGAAAAUGCUCGCGCAAAUGGCGCCGCUAGCCGAAUCCAUUCUCAAUGCCAAGAAGGAUCGGCCCCUCGCCGAUGCACACCAAUCGUCGCCGUUUCUGGACCUCGUCCACGCAACCCACGACGUCCUGUACACCCGCAUAUUUAACUCGUAAAAGGUGCUCCAGUUAUUGGAAUCGAAUGAACCAAACCACAGAGGGGCUUGGCCCGUUGUCAA